GAGGGGAGCGGAGAGGCGGGUGGUGGGAAGCCAGGAGGAAAAACAUUAGCACACAUUUCUCCUCACUUAGAGGAGAUUUCUUGUUUCUUUCCAGGAGUGCUGGCGACGCGCAGCCCGGCCGCAAGACGCAACGCACGGAGCCAGGACGCACGACUAGUAUGAUGGAUAGAUAGCACGAAGAAGAGGAGGAAGAGAAGAUGUCGUUCUUUGGCAUGGACUGUUUGAGGAAGAAAGAGAGAGAGCUGGAGAGGAAGCUCCGCGCCAACGACCGCGAGUACAACCUCACCUUUAAAUAUGCAACGAACGCCAUCAAGACCUCCAAGUACAACCCCUUCACCUUCCUACCUCUUAACCUGUUCGAGCAGUUCCAGAGGAUUGCUAAUGCCUACUUCCUCUUUCUGCUGGUGCUCCAGGUGAUUCCUCAGAUCUCCUCUCUGUCCUGGUUCACCACGGUCGUGCCUCUGGUCCUUGUGCUGACAGUCACCGCUGCCAAAGAUGCCACCGACGAUAUUAAUCGCCACAGGAGCGACAAUCAAGUCAACAACAGAAAAGUUCAAGUACUGAUUGACAGGAAACUGCAAAGCAAGAAAUGGAUGGAUGUCCAGGUGGGGGACAUCAUCAGGCUGGAAAACAACCAGUUUGUCACCGCUGACCUCCUGUUGCUCUCCAGCAGUGAACCACUCAACCUGGUGUACAUUGAGACAGCAGAACUGGAUGGAGAGACUAACCUGAAGGUGAGACAGGCCCUGACCGUGACAGGAGACCUGGGAGAGGAUAGCGAAAAACUGGCAGACUUCAACGGCGAGGUACGCUGUGAACCCCCCAACAACCGCCUCGACCGCUUCACAGGAACGCUAACCUACGUCGGUCAGAAAUACUCGCUGGACAAUGAGAAGAUCCUGCUGCGAGGCUGCACCCUGAGGAACACUGGGUGGUGCUUUGGACUUGUUCUGUUUGCAGGUCCAGAGACAAAGCUGAUGCAGAACUGUGGGAAAACUACGUUUAAGAGGACCAGUAUAGACCGACUGAUGAAUGUCCUAGUCCUUUGUAUUUUUGGUUUCCUGGCCUUCAUGUGCACCAUCCUUGCGAUAGGAAACUUCUUCUGGGAAGUGAACGAAGGCUCACAGUUCAUGGUCUUCCUUCCCAGACAAGACGGCAACAACGCUGCCUUCUCCGCCUUCCUCACGUUCUGGUCCUACGUCAUCAUCCUCAACACUGUGGUGCCCAUCUCUCUCUAUGUUAGCGUGGAGAUCAUUCGGCUGGGGAACAGCUUCUACAUCGACUGGGACAGGAAAAUGUACUUUGCACGGUACAACACCCCCGCCGAGGCUCGCACCACCACGCUAAAUGAGGAGCUCGGCCAGAUUAAGUAUGUCUUCAGUGACAAAACAGGGACGCUCACCCAAAAUAUCAUGACUUUCAACAAGUGCUCCAUCAACGGCAAAUCUUACGGGGAUGUUUAUGACUACACAGGUCAAAGACUAGAAAUUACUGAGCAUACAGAGACGGUGGACUUCUCCUUCAACCCGCUGGCUGACCCCCGCUUCAUGUUCCACGACCACUCCCUUGUGGAGGCGGUGAAGCUGGAGGACCCAGAGGUCCACAACUUCUUCAGACUGUUGGCCCUCUGCCACACCGUCAUGGCCGAGGAGAAGAAAGAAGGUGAGCUUUUCUAUCAGGCCCAGUCUCCAGAUGAGGGAGCACUGGUAACAGCGGCCAGAAACUUUGGAUUUGUUUUCCGCUCGCGCACACCAGACAGCGUUUCCAUCGUGGAAAUGGGGGAACAGCGCAGCUAUGAACUCCUGGCCAUCUUGGAUUUUAACAACGUCCGCAAGAGGAUGUCCGUCAUAGUGCGGAGUCCAGAAGGGAAGCUCUGUCUCUACUGUAAAGGUGCAGACACAAUCAUCUACGAGAGGCUGCAUCAGUCGUGCAGCAAGCUGAUGGACGUCACUACAGAGCACCUUAACGAGUUUGCAGGGGAGGGCCUGCGGACUCUGGCGCUGGCCUAUAAGAAUCUGGACGAGGAGUAUUUCAACCAGUGGAAACAGCGCCACCAUGAGGCCAGCACCGAGCUUGACAACCAAGAGAGCAAACUGGAAGAGCUCUACGAGGAGAUAGAGAAGGAUCUACUGCUGCUUGGAGCAACAGCCAUAGAAGACAAGUUACAAGACGGAGUACCUCAGACUAUCGAGCAGUUGUCCAAAGCCAACAUCAAAAUCUGGGUUUUGACUGGUGACAAGCAAGAAACUGCAGAAAACAUUGGGUACUCGUGCAACUUACUGCGGGAGGAGAUGAACGACGUCUUCAUCGUCUCGGGCAACUCACCUGAGGAUGUCAGAGAGGAACUCAGAAAUGCACGGACCUCCAUGAAACCAGUCGAGGAUUCAAUGUUUGUGCCAGAAAGGACUCUGGGUAAAGGUGUGAAACUGAUCGCAGACGAGUUGGUAAAUGGAGAGUACGGCCUGGUCAUAAACGGACACAGCCUGGCGUACGCCCUGGAGGGCAGCAUGGAGCUGGAAUUCCUGAGGACGGCGUGUAUGUGUAAAUCAGUGAUCUGUUGCCGGGUCACUCCUCUGCAGAAGGCUCAGGUGGUCGAGCUGGUCAAGAAGUACAAGCAGGCGGUCACACUGGCCAUAGGAGAUGGAGCCAAUGACGUCAGCAUGAUCAAAGCGGCUCAUAUAGGCGUGGGCAUCUCAGGCCAGGAGGGCAUGCAGGCCGUGCUGUCUAGCGACUACUCUUUCGCCCAGUUCCGCUUCCUGCAGCGCCUCCUGCUGGUGCACGGCCGCUGGUCCUACCUGCGCAUGUGCAAGUUCCUGCGUUACUUCUUCUACAAGAACUUCACCUUCACCUUCGUCCACUUCUGGUACGGCUUCUUCUGUGGCUUCUCUGCACAGACGGUGUAUGAUGAGUGGUUCAUAACACUCUACAAUCUGAUGUACACAGCACUACCUGUCCUGGGAAUGAGUCUGUUUGAUCAGGAUGUGAACGACGUGUGGAGUUUUCAGUAUCCUCAGCUCUACAUUCCCGGUCAACUCAACCUGUACUUCAGCAGGAAGGCCUUCUUCAAAUGUGCUCUCCACAGCUGCUACAGCUCCAUGGUGCUCUUCUUCAUCCCUUACUUAGCCAUGCAUAACACCGUGAGGGACGACGGGAAGGACGUCGCCGACUACCAGUCCUUCGCUCUCCUCACCCAGACAUGUCUGCUGUUUGCCGUCACCAUCCAGUUAGCGUUGGAGAUGUCCUACUGGACAGCCGUGAACACUUUCUUCGUGUUGGGCAGCCUGGCCAUGUACUUUGCUGUCACGUUCACCAUGUACAGCAACGGCAUGUUUCUCAUGUUGCCGUCAGCCUUCCCUUUCAUAGGAACAGCCCGGAACUCUCUGAACCAGCCCAACAUUUGGCUGACAAUCCUCCUCACCUCCAUCCUGUGUGUCCUUCCUGUGGUUACCUACCGCUUCCUGUUUAUUCAGCUCUACCCCACCAUCAAUGACAAGGUGAUGUUCAAGGUGAGACAGGCCAAAGCCACACCUGCCCCCCCGCCUCUACGCACCCGCAUCCGCCGCACCAGCUCCCGUCGUUCAGGCUACGCCUUCUCGCACGCGCAGGGCUACGGGAACCUGGUGACUUCGGGACGGUUCUUGCGGCGUCCUGCUUUGUCAGGAUCUUCAGGUUUCGGCAACAUAGGUCGGACCACAACUGGGUUCAGUCCCAUGGGACGAUCGGCUGGAUACAGCCCAACAGGACGCCCACAGAACGCCAAGGUCCAAGAUGUGGAGGUGACGUCGCUGCAGAUGUACAGGACUAUCAAAGAUCCUGCCUUCUGACAGACAGCUGGUUAUCUUCAAGAUGGAAGUAUAGUAAUAAACUAAACAGCUGGAUGCCCCUGGUGUUUUUAAGCUCCCAUUCAUACAUUUGUUACCAUGGAGAACUUGCUUGGGCAUUCCAGAGAACUUCAAGGAUUUUAAUGAUCUGUCUCUCAUCUGUCCAAUCACCUAAGACAAGGUUUGAAAGGUGCAUGACUUUUGCUCCAAGCACUUCAUUUUGUUAAAGUUUUAUCAAAAGGAACUUCAGCAAAAUGUGUCGCCACUUCUGAUGGGUACACUGAUUACUUUGCUCAGAUUAUGAGUAUUCAUGUUAAACAUGCCUCAUGCUAAGCCAACAAUAACAGGGUGAUUUACUUUCAUAUUGGAACAACCACAGAGGGGAAAAAGUUUGGCUUCAUGAGAAGGACAAAGUGUCAUCAUGUUUACAGACUACCAAGAUUUCCUUAACCAUGGGAGUCUAUAUGCACAGCAGGGUUUUGUGCAGAGGAUACAACCAGCUAAGCCAUUUUGCAUAAGAAUAUUUUCAUUUUUUACUUGUGUUUAAGUUUCAAUUGUUUUAAGGCAUUUUAUUUUGCUGUCUUGAAAGCUGUUUCACAUGGCAGUGGGGGAUGACUUUAUCUUUGGAAGAUCAUGAAUGUUUCAAAAAGCGCUCCCAACAAAUGUUCAUCUCCUCAGAGGAAAAGACAUUAUGGCAAGGAUUGUUAGUCAAUUCUUUAUCUGAGCUGAAAAGAAUUCAUGCAACUCAAAUGAAUUAGGAGAAGAAAACGGAUCCUUUUUGUGUAGCAGACCCUAGUUUUGAUUUACUACAAAACCACAGGGAUAUUUAAAAAACAUUCUAAAGGACCACUGUGUAAUUGGGCACACUUUAUACUUCAAGGGUUUAUGAGUUGUAAGUAAUAAAUACAUAACAUAUAAGUGCUUUACAGAUAAGGAAUAAGCUAUUAAUAAGAACAAUGUUUGGACUGGACUGCCAGGUUGUAAAAGUGUAUAUAACUUUCUCUGUCUUUUCAGAUAACUAUUCAAUGCAUUUUGACAGUAAGUGAGAAACCUAAAAAGCAGCAUUGAUCGCUAAUUAGGAGUCAUAAAGGUCAUUUUCUACAGACACAUUUAAUGGUAAGUAAUAAAUAAAACAGUUGUUAUACUUCAGCAAUCCGUCAAGUAAUAAUGUGUUCUUAAGCGCACUACUAUUAAUAUUAAAACUAUUUAUUAUAGUGGUUUGAAUAAAAUUUGUCAUCCAAAGAGAGAUAAUGGUGCCGGGCCAAAAAA